AUGGCAGACAUGGACCUAUCCCAGAUCAUCCAUGGCCAGAUUCAGGACAGUAGCCACACUUCAGGUGACCUAAUCAUUGGUGGCAUGACUUCUUUUGUCUUCAUAACUAGAGAUGUAGGAAGUUUUGAAAAAGAUCCCCAUCAUUCUACUGUGGGUGAAUCUCUAAUCCUGACUAAAUAUUAUCAUCAUAUCUUGAUAAUGGUAUUUGCUGUGAAGAUGAUCAAUGAAGACCUCCAGCUCUUACCUAACAUCACCUUGGGCUUCAGAAUCUAUGAUAAGUAUGCUGGCUAUCAUGCCAAAAUGGAACUUUUCUCCAGUGAGAACAGAUUUGUUCCCAACUAUAAGUGUGGCAUCCUGAACAAACUCAUAUCAGUUGUUGGGUCUAUUGAUCCUGGAAUCUCUUUAAUAGAUAUUUUAGAUACUUACAAAGCUCCACAGUUCCCAACUGCUUCUUCUCCAAAUGAAAGCCCAUUCUACUACCACAUGGUUGCAGGUGAAGAACUUCAUUACAGGGGGAUUAUUCAACUACUCUUGCACUUCAGGUGGACUUGGGUUGGGGUACUUACAAAAGGACUUGGAGGAAGAACAUUUGAUCAUCUAAUCUUCUCAACGUUUUCUCUCCAUGGCAUCUGCAUUGCCUUCUUGGAGCAAUUGAGAUCAAUUUACAUCAACAAUUUUUUUGAUAUUUUGAAAUGGCUUGUUAAAACGUUUCACCUUCUUGUUAAAAGCAAAGCUAAUGUUGUGAUACUUCAUGAUGAGAAUCUCUUAAAUGUAAGAUGGUUGUUACGCCUACCUGAAAUGGAAAUAGUUUCUAUAAAGCCAAAAGGUAAGGUGUGGAUUGUGGCAUCCCAAAUGGGUCUUGCAUCAUUCUUUUAUCAGAAAAGCUGGGAUAUCCAAGUCCUCCAUGGGGCUCUGACUUUUGGAGCUUAUUCAAAUGAAGUUGAAGGGUUCCAACAUUUUCUUCAGACAAGAGACUAUUUCUCCUCAAAAGAAGAUGGUUUCCUCAAAGAUGUGUGGGAACAAGCAUUUGGCUGUGUGUUUCCCAAUCUAUCUGGGAAUGAAGAAAAAGAGGAUGUCUGUAUAGGAAAGGAAAAAUUGGAAAGCCUGCCCGGGGCAUUUUUUGAAAUGAAGAUGAGCAGUCUUAGUUACAGUAUAUACAAUGCUAUAUAUGUUGUGGCUCAUGCUUUACAUGCCAUGAAGUUGGGCCAACAAUAUAGGAGAAGCAUGAAAGGGAAAAAACUCAGUCUUCAAGAUCUGCAGUCAUGGCAGCUUCACUUCUUUUUGAAAAAGGUAUCAUUUAACAAUAGUGUUGGAGAUAAAAUUUCUUUUGAUAAGUAUAGAAAACUGAUUACAGGACUAGAGAUUGAGAAUUGGGUCACUUUCCCUAACCAGUCCUUCCAUCGAGUGAAAGUUGGGAAGCUGGAUCCCUGGGCUGCUGAAGACCAAAAGUUCACCAUUCAUGAGAAAGCCAUCAGCUGGCCCAGCACUUUCAACCAAACCUUACCUGUUUCCCUGUGUACUGAGAGCUGCCCCCCUGGUAAUUUCAGGAGAAAGCAGGAGGAAAAACCAUUUUGCUGCUAUGAUUGUCUUCCAUGUCCCAAAGAGAAAAUGUCAAGUCAGAAAGAUAUGGAUGACUGUCUGAAAUGCCCAGAAGAUCAAUAUCCAAAUAAGGAUCAAGAUUCAUGUCUUCCCAAGAAAAUAUCUUUCUUAUCCUAUAACGAACUAAUGGGAAUAAGUUUAGCUGCUCUGGCAAUUUUCUUUUCUCUCUGCACACUUAUGGUGCUGGCAACAUUUUUGAAGUAUCACCAUACUCCCAUUGUCAAGGCAAAUAAUCGAAAUCUCACCUACCUUCUACUCAUCUCCCUAUUUCUCUGCUUCCUUUGCUCACUGCAGUUCCUUGUUGCACCAAGUAAUACAAUAUGUCUCCUCCGACAAAUUAGCUUUGGCAUCAUCUUCUCAGUGGCUGUGUCUUCUGUGCUGGCAAAAACCAUCACUGUGGUUUUAGCUUUCAUGGCCACCAAGCCAGGAUCCAGGAUGAGGAAAUGGGUGGGAAGAGGACUAACUAUCUCCAUUGUAUUCUGUUGUUCCUUGAUUCAAGUAGGCAUCUGUUUGGUGUGGCUGUUCACAUUUCCUCCUUUCACUGAUGUUGACAUCCAUUCAGAAAAUGAGAUGAUUGUAUUGCAGUGCAAUGAAGGCUCAGCUACCAUGUUUUACUGUGUUCUUGGAUAUAUGGGCUUUCUGGCAGCUGCCAGUUUUACAGUAGCCUUUUUCUCCAGGAAUCUUCCCAGCAGUUUCAAUGAGGCCAAAUGUCUCACUUUCAGCAUGCUGAUCUUCUGCAGUGUGUGGAUCUCCUUUGUCCCAUCCUAUUUGAGCACCAAAGGCAAAUACAUGGUAGCUGUGGAGAUUUUCUCCAUUUUGGCAUCUAGUGCUGGGUUGUUGGUCUGCAUAUAUUUCCCCAAAUGUUAUAUAAUAAUUGUUAGGCCAGAGCUAAAUAACAAGGAACAACUAACAAAGAGAAAAUAUUUGUAA